GAACGUUGUAGCUUGGAGGGAUAGAGCUUUGGCGACUCCUCGGAGUGAGAGAGGUGUGAUGAUGCUUACCUGCGAGGGAGAGAUUUUGGUGAGUGCAUCGUUCUGGUACCGAAGCUGCGGAGCUCAUCGGUGAUAGAGGAAUCAUAUGAAAGUCACCGAGCAAGUUAUGGCCUGGAGGAGCAAUAUCGAUGUCGUACCGAACCAUGCGCCACCUAUACAUCCCUUCGAUUCCCAUCGACGUCUGCUCUCGAUUCUGAACGACUCCUCCUACGAUCCCAGCGAGGUCCCAGACGACACGCCAACACUCAAUGCUCAUGAGUGGGACCGGUGGUUCCUUCUGACGCUCCUCGGCAAGCAACGGUAUGACGACAGGAAGGCGUCGGAGGAACGAGAACUACUCUGGCGCGCCAUACAACACGACCCACUCACCGAUCCCAACGACUGGCUGGACUUCAUGCGCAGCAAGAGGGACGACGAGACCCAGCACCAUCGCGCCAUGCGCGAUGAACAGACAAAUGAAAUAUAUGACAAUAUGACAUCGAUCAGUCCAUCGGCGUUGGCGACGAUGAUGCUAGACCACUCGUACCAACCAUCCGCCGCUGCCUCACCACCAGCAAGAGGCAUACCAAACAACCUAUCCAGCCUGUCCGCCUCCACCUCUCGCCCUCAAUGAUGGCUAUCCGGCUCGGUCCUCAAGUUCAUAGGCUUGUUCGUUCAGGUUGCGUAAUAUCUAUCUACAGAGCAGAGGGAGCUUCGGGCAAGCAGGCAGUGAGGCAGAAGAUGCAG